AUGAAAACAUUAGCAAGACUCGUUCUGGGACUUGUCAUCUUGGAUGCUGCUGUGACCGCCCCAACUCUAGAAUCCAUCAACUAUGACUCAGAAACCUAUGAUGCCACCUUAGAAGACCUGGAUAAUCUAUACAACUAUGAAAACAUACCAAUGGGUCAAGCUGAGAUUGAAAUAGCGACAGCGAUACCUUCGGGGAACAGAGAGCUCCUCACCCCGCCACUACAGCCAAAGGAUGCUGAAGAGGAAGAGGAAGAGGAGUCCACCCCCAGACUGAUUGACGGCUCUUCUCCACAGGAGCCUGAAUUCCCUGGGGUUCUGGGCCCACACACCAAUGAAGACUUUCCAACCUGCCUUCUGUGUACUUGUAUAAGUACCACUGUAUACUGUGAUGACCAUGAACUUGAUGCUAUUCCUCCGCUGCCCAAGAACACUGCUUAUUUCUAUUCCCGUUUUAACAGAAUUAAAAAGAUCAACAGAAAUGAUUUUGCAAGCCUAAAUGAUCUAAGGAAGAUUGAUCUGACCUCAAAUUUAAUAUCUGAGAUUGAUGAAGAUGCAUUCAGAAAGCUACCUCGACUCCGAGAGCUUGUCCUGCGUGACAACAAGAUAAGGCAGCUCCCAGAAUUGCCAACCACUUUAACAUUUAUUGAUAUUAGCAACAAUAGACUUGGAAGGAAAGGAAUAAAGCAAGAAGCAUUUAAAGAUAUGUAUGAUCUCCAUCAUCUCUACCUCUCCGAUAACAACUUGGAACACAUCCCUCUGCCACUCCCAGAAAAUCUACGGGCCCUUCACCUCCAGAAUAACAACAUUCUGGAGAUGCGUGAAGAUACCUUCUGCAAUGUUAAAAAUUUGACUUAUAUUCGUAAGGCACUAGAGGAUAUUCGAUUGGAUGGAAACCCUAUCAAUCUCAGCAAAACUCCUCAAGCCUACAUAUGCCUACCUCGUUUGCCUAUUGGGAAUCUUGUCUAA